UUAAAAUAAAAUGGGUUGUUGAUCGUCAAACCAGGAAGAAGCAAAGAGUCCGAGAGGAGCUAGGAGGGAGAACCCUCGUCCUCCAAGACCUCAGAGAGAAGCCCCUAGGAACCCUGCUAGAGGAGGUGGGAAUCGCCCUAAUGCGGUACCUUACUACGGCACAUUGGACAAAAUUGAGAAAAUUAUUCCUGAUACCAUGACUGGAGAAGGCAUCAAGCAAACAGAGGCCUUCACUGUCGAUCUCACUGAGGAUCAGUACAAAAAGUGGAAAGACCAGUUCUGGGAAACCAGAGCUGAAGGCUCCGAGUGGGUCUGGAACAUUCUAAAAGAAGCUGUAGACUUACAAGCUGAUGAAGCCAAAGAGCUUCUCAAGAACAAUGACAUUAAGUACGAGUCAAGACUUGGCAUGAAGAUGUGAUAUGACCAGACCGGCAAGAGCUACGUUCUCCCUCCUGCUAUCAUUAAUGAGCCUGUUGGCUAUGGCGAAGACCUUGAGAAGAAGCGGUUAGAAGAAGUCAAAGCCCCAAAAGACGAGAAAACCUUAACUCUGAUCCUUCGGAAUGCAUCCAAAUUCGAUGACGAUGAGGUUGAGAUCAGCGACCAUUCCACAGUCUUAGAACUCAAAGAAAAAUACGCAGAUUUAAAGGAUGUUGACAAUAUCAAAUAGAAUAAGACUUCUAUACUACGGACGAGAACUUAAGAACAAUUAUAACCUAUACCAUUAUGACAUCAAUGAGGAGAUCAUCUUAAUUGCAGUGAUCAACCACGAUUUGGAGAUUUCUGAAGAUUAAUCCCCCAAAGAAUAAGACUUUAGCCAAAGAAGGUUCACCGGAAGUAAUGGUCCUGUGUACAAGCAAAUAUACUAUAUGAACCUUGGACUGCACAAUUUUAGUUUCCAAUGGUAGCUUUCUCAAAGCAGCUCUGUAAAUAAAGAAUACUUUCGGCUAAAUAAUCCU